AUCCUUAAACUUCAGCAGUCUCUAUUUUCCAGUGGCCUCUUCUUGUCUUUUGAUUUCGUUUUCAGGAACCUUAGUGAAGAGCUAACAUCAGAAAGUCUCGAAGCUGACGAUCAGGGUAACUUCACGCUCUUCAAAAAAAUAAUAAUACUGAUUGAAGAACUUUCUCACGAUACGUUCAAGCAACUGUGUCUCUCCUUAAAUGAGGGACUCGGUACUGACUACAAAGCUCUAAUGACGAAGUGCUUUCCCGACAUUUAUUCUCUGGUGGAGGCAACCGAGAUCAAAAAGAGUAGGAGUCCAGCUGAAAAAUUACUCCGCGACCUAAUCAAUAGGCAAAUAACGGUGGAAAGGCUCCUAAGAGGCGUGGAAGGAAUAGGAAACAUAAAGGCCAGAAAAAUUAUAACGGAGGAUAUCACGAAAAGAGGGAAAACGCUUAACUUGCCGGGGGAUUAUCAAUUUUCUCCACGCCACUCCACUGGACAGCCACAAGAGGUAUGCAUAUUGUCUAAAUGUGUUUUAUCUACACAAUAACCGC